AAAACGUUAAACGGUAAUGCAAGCGCGUUCGAGCUCUGCUCAUCGUAAACAGUCUGGCGAUCGUUUAAAAUCUUGACAUUAUGUGGAUUUUAUUGAGAUUCAUAACUUUCUCGUUCAAAUGAAUGUCUGCAAAGAAGAAGAGAAUUUCAAAGCUUUUACGCGGGCUAUUAUCUUUUCUAAUGAAACACCCAAAAAUCUCUAUUUUCAUAGCUGUUUUAAGUUUCGUCUGGUUAUUCACAUGGCUUUUUAAAAGAGGUAACUGUCUUUAUCAUCCAAGGCCCAUCUAUCCUUUGUUUCAUGCUGGCAGUCCAGUUGUGGACAUUCACAAUGGCUCAGUGGAUGUAUUACAAUUUCACAUCAAAAAAUCAAGUGUUUCAUUUGUUAUGUACUAUGCACAUUGGUGUGCUCAAUCUAAGAAAGCGGUAUAUGAAUUUCAUCGUACAUCAAAAAUUUUCAAAGGACAGGUCUCCUUUUUUGCCAUUAAUUGUUGGGCAGGUCCCUGCAGAAAAAGUGAUUUCCCUCAAUCUUAUCCACUGUUGAUUUUGUUUCAUACCAAUUAUGAACCCUUGCAAUUUAAAGGAAAACAAAAAUAUAAAGAACUGGUUAACUUUGUAUCAAAAGCAUUAAGACCUAUAACAUUUAUCUCCUCUCAUGAUAUCUUGGUGGAAUUUACAAACAGGGCAGUGCCCUUUCUUGUUUUCUUCAUGAACUCCAUCAAUUAUUUUGACCAAAAUUAUGAUGAAUUCUUUGGAGCAGCUCUACAUUCUUUAAGCAAAGGAUCUUAUUUGGAGUUUGCUAUAGUGACGUCACGAUUUAUUGCUGACGUGAUUAACCUCAAGGCGUUCGGAGAAGUCAUUUUGCUAAAUCCUUUGAAAGCAGGAAAAGUUUUUCCUUACGGACUUAACUACAAUUGGACAUCGUUGUUGCAGUGGGCUAAUCAAAAUAUAGUUGCGGUCGUUAGUAAACUUGAUCCAGACAUUAUGGAAGCUGAUCAAUUUGGCAAAAUUUUAAAGCGUCAUUCUUCGCUCAUUUUAUUUCUUCCUUUGAAUGACGAAAAUAUGAACUCAACACUUCUCCACACGUAUCGUCAAGUUGCCAUGAGUUAUCACAAUUGUUCCUGUUCUCCUGAACCUAGCACGACGUCCUCCGAGAAAAAGCAUUACCAUUCUCUAAUUUCAGUUGACAGUGGCUACCGUGACUUUUUCACUACGUGUCAGUCACUUCCGCUACGUCAUCGACAUGGAAUACGAAAUGCCUGCGUCUUGUGUAAAGAGUGCCACAGAGCGUGUUCUUUUCUCGAUUCUUCGUUCCCUCUUUUUGCUUCGCGUGAUAUUUCGUUGCCACGCAAUAGUUGUUGCAGUUUACGAAGAAAUUCUUAUCAACUAAAGAAUUCUUUCAGUGUUUGUUGUUUCGAUGAUGAAAUGCGUAGGGUCGGUAAACGGUUCAACGUUGAGAUUAUCACAACGGACAAAGAUGCAUCUUUUGAAGAAAACAAAGAGGAGUAUGCACAAUCGCUAGAAGACAGGUCGGCCACCAUGAAGGAGGAAAGAAAGUCUUCAACUAAUUUCAGAAAGAGUUCCAUAAACUUUAUGUUUACACCAAAGAUUUCUGAUGUUGAAAUAUCACUUCCUGACAUGAGCAACAUCCAAAAUCAAAGCAUUCGCACUGUGUCAUUGCCCAAUUAUGAUAGCAGUUAUUACCCCCCGGAAUAUGGUACAUGUGAACAUCCGGGUAUAGUGAGGGAAUUCGCUGGAGCAUAUUGCUAUAGCAAUAAUUCGGUGACGUUCUAUUACAUGGACUCGCGAAAAUUUUGGAAAUUUGCUGUCGCACUUGGUGUAAAGCAAAAUAUAACGCCUCGAACUGCUUUAGUCCUGUUGGACUUUGCUAACGAAGCUCAAUACGUUCACGAAGAAGGAACGCCUUUGAGCAAUGCCUCAAUUGUAAAUUUUCUGAUGCUGUUCAAACUUGGUAAUCUUACUCGAAGACUGCGUUCUGCUGUCGUUCCUAAACAAUCCUGCUCUCAAAGCAGCUCUUGCAUCUGGGAAGUUGUAACGACAACUUUCGAUGAUCUAGUUCUACACAAUAACCAGAAUGUGUUUCUAAUGUUCUACACGCCAUGGUGCGGAUUUUGUAAAUCAGUAAAGCCUGUUAUGAAACAACUUGCUGAUCAUUAUAAAAAUUCUCCUGACAUAAGAAUCGCAAGGAUAAAUGGCGAUUUAAAUGAUCUACCGUGGGAAUACAACGUCGACUCAUAUCCAUCGUUUAUUUUCUUUCCCGCUCGGAGGAAAACAGAAUCAGUGAAAUUUCCUCAGAUGGGAGAUCGAACCUUCGAAAAAUUUGUGAGGUUUGUGGAAGCACAUAAAACAAAUCCCGUGACUAAGGACAGCGAUUGUUUUAAUGCUCAAGUAAGCCUAAAUUAUUUGAAAAGAAAUUUAAAUUCUAUUAAGAUAGAAAAUCUUAACUUGAGAAGACGCUUAAAACGUGAAAUACUCACGAGAAAAAUCGCGGAAAAGGGGGGAUCGAAUGUCGAACGUCUUUUAAACAAGAAAAACAAAAUGCUAUCGGAUUCAGAGGCCAAACUAAUGAACCUAUAGGCCGAAAAUAGAAAACUGUUGCAACAAGUUUUAGCUGCGAAACGUCAUCUUCGUAAAUAUCGUAGAAUGGCCGAGAUGACCCUAGCAGAGUUAAAACAAAGGAACUGGGAACUACAUUCAACCAUACUUAGUUUAGAGGAAGCGAAUUCCAAACUAGUCGACGAUUCCGAUAAAUCCUCCAAACACGAGUAACCUUGCAUAUCUGUAGUAUCCUAUAAAGUACGCGAGCUUUUGUAAUAGAGUAGUUACGUUUCUUAAUUUAUUGGAAAUCGAUGAUUAUAAUCGCUGUCGGCGGGAUAAUCAGCAAAACCGACCAUCGAUUAUUAUUACAUUGCCGAAUCUUCACGUGACCUUCUUUUAACACGUGCACGAUUUAGUCCUCAUAACAAUUCUUAACUUUCUGCCAACUAAAAACAACAUAGUUUAACUGGUAAGGUCUUAUUGGUUUACGGACUCGAGCGAGGGUCAUGAUGAAUUAUUUAAAUUCUAUAAAUUUUGCAGUAAACAACUUGCUUUCCACAUCGUAACAGCAAGUUUUGGUUAUCGUUACUUUUACAAACCGAACACUCAACCCUCUUUCUAUCACUAUGCAAAUAUUGAAGUCGGUCUAUUCCCAAACGCCUCUUAGAACUUCGUGAAGUUUUUAUGCAAUAAACAUAAAAAGCCAGAAAUUGUACAAAUUUCCGAAAGCCAGCAACACCGUCAUAAAGCGCAAAUAUUAUAUACACGGUGCUUCCACUUUUUAUUAUUGUUGUCUGAAACCGCUGACCAUGCCAAUAGAAAGACAAUCGCCCGGCAAGCGAUUGUAUAUAGAGAAGCCGAUUACUCGGUUUUAUCUAUUAUUGGCUCAAUUCUACUCUAAUUAUUCAAAUUUGUUCCAGUUAUUAUAGAUAAUAAAAUAGUUUUAUUACAAUUACGUAUAAACAUGCAACAAAGACGGAGUACCCGGUGUACAUAGAAAGAUAUUUAGUUCUUACAAUGACCGAGUUGCUCGGUGUACAUAGAAAAUAUGUAUUCUAGUUAUUUGGUAAAAGAAUUUUUUAAUUUUAAGUUAUAUAACACUAAA